AUGAAAAGAAGGCCCAGCGAGCACCUUCGUGCGUCAGCCAGGCCAUGGUUGCUGGAGGUCAACGUCUUCCCGUCGUUCUCCUCCUCGUCGCCUUACGACAAGAGGAUCAAGACUCAACUUGUGGCUGAUGUGUUCACCCUGCUCGGCAUCCCCCCCUACAGCCAUGAUGCUGUGGAAAGUGCAUGCAAGGAGGAGCAAGCAAAACGUUUGCAAGGCCAAUCAAAAUCAUUAUCCAUCACGCGGUCGCACGCAGUCUCAACGAUUAAAUCGGCGUCCCUGAACAACUUGGGGGAGGCUGAGUGGCGACUGAUUCUCGAGUCUCACGAGGAAAAUAUGCGAAGCGGCCACCUGACUCGAAUCUAUCCUCGACAGGGCUCUGGCGCAUAUUCCCAGUUCUUCGCAUCCCCGAGGUAUACCAACCUUGUCUUGGAGCGCUGGUUCCAGUUGGGCGGAGAGCUUCUGGGCGCGAGAAAGCUACAUAUUCCUGCGUGGCGUUGCGGAGAAGUUUUGGUGUCUUGA